UGAAAUGGCGGCGGCCGCCGGGAUGGGCCGUUUAUUGUGCUCUCGGCUGGAAGAAAAAUGUUUUGAGUUUUAGAUAUAGCUAGCUAGCUUUUGAAAUUAGAUUUUUAAAAAAAUAUCAAAGAAGUGACAGUCGGCUUAAGGACCGAUUUUAUUCUGCCCUCUCAAUUCCGUCUGAUAAGGAACAAUGGAUGAAGACGAAGGAUUUGAACGUAUUCCAUCAGAUACCCCCAAAACACUGCAAGAAAAGUGUCACAGAGAAAGGGAGGGAGAAGAGGAGGAGAGGAAGGCUGGGGUGAGGUGCCACCAAGACCAGAAAGAAACUUCAGAAGACCAGCCCAGUGAGAUGGGUGCUGCAGUUCCUAUAGUCUCAGGCUCCUUCUUCUCCCAGGUCCCUUUGUAUAGUCCUCCCCAUCAAUCCUCUGACAGUGUUGAUUUUGAUUUGGAGCUCACAGCAGAAGUAAGAGUGGAAGAUGGACCAUCCCUUGCUUUCUUGUCAUCCGUCUCUCCCCGGUUCCAGAGUCGUAAAUUAGGCACUGUCUUGGAUCAGCUGCCCUUGAUAUCAGAACAGCGGUUCUCCACAUGGAAACCCAAAGAGGAGGAGCAGUUUUUCAACAAUUUUCAAUAUCCCACAUCUCUCGCACUACAGCCCCGAAUCAUUAAUGGAAUCCCAGCAUCUAAAAGACACACUUACACCACUCGAUUAGGUGCAAUACAGACAGCCAAAAGCCCCCUCCCCUCCUGCCCCUCCACUUCUCCCUCUUCCCCCUCAUCAGCUCCUUCAUCUCCUUCAUCUUCCCCCUCUUCCUCCUCAUCCUCCCCAGUAGGCACCGCAGCUGGUUUCCACGACAACGAUCGUGGCUGUGCUGGGGGUGGAGCAGUCAACCACACCACGGGAGACACGGUGUCGUCCACCUCGGUCUCCCUGCCUCCUUCCUCUCUGCCACCCCCUCCAUCUUCAUCCGCUCCCUCUGUCCACCUCUCCUCUGCAUCCCCUCAUCCGGGCUCCGAAGGGGAUCGAGAGAACACAGAUAUUUAUGAUCCCUUCCACCCCACGGAGGGAGACCUGGAGCGAGAGGGAGGGGCAGCCGAGGAGGAGGAAGAGGACGAAGGAGACAAAUACGACCCCUUUGACCCCACCGGCUCGCCCGCCUCCGAGAGGGAGCGGGAACACAGGGUGGAGAGCGCUGACGCUGCAGAGACUGAGAGGCCGGAGCCUGUGGGAGGGGCUGGGGGAGAAAAAGUGGGCGGCGGCAAGGCUGAGAAAGAGGCGGCUCCUCCAGACUCUACGGCUCUGCCUCCUGACCCCAGCGACCUCCAGCUGCCUCCCAGGCACAGGGAGGAAAGGGAGCGAAAGGGGGCUAGAGAACGAGGGAAGGAAAGGGGAAAAGGAGGGAGGGAAAGGAAAGAGACCAAUUCUGAUAACUCCGAAAUUGAGGAAGGGGAAAUAGUGGCUGCAGGCGAGAGGGACAGAGAGCGGGAAAGGAAGAGAGACAAAGAGGGAGAGAGGGGGCAUUUGUCCGACAGCCCCUUUCGCCAUUCGUGUCCCAAACCAGAAAGGAUCCUUCGGGUCCUAGACGGAGAUGACUUCGUGUCCGUCAGAGCGGAGGGAGACUGGAUGAUGGAGAGGGAUGGAGGGGGCGUGGCAGGAGUGGGGGACCUGAGGAGAAAGCUGGUCAGCAGGCGGAAGGAGAGAUACCGAUCAUGUCCCUCUUCCUCCUCCCUGUCCCCGCCUCCUCCUCUCCCUCCACCUUCCCUCCCUCCUUCCCUCCCCAUCCCUACAGAGAAGGCGAAGAGCAGGAAGUCCUCAAAGAGCUCCAAGGAAAGGGAGAGGCGCAAGCGGAAGCAGGAGAAGGAGGGAGAAAAGGGAGAAAGGAGGCGGAGGAGGAGGGUGAAGGAGGGAAGAAGCCAGGAGAGGAAGGAGAGGGAUAAAGAUAGUGAGCGGAGGAGUAGGGACAAGAAAGCGAAAGAGGGCACGAGUGGGAGGAGCAGCCGGAGUGACAGCGGCAAGAGGAAGAAGAGACGGAGCACGCCGGAACUGUCCUCUCAUUCCCGCUCCCACGCCUCCUCCCUCCAUCAGCGCCAUAACCGGCGCUCCUGGUCCAGCCCUUCUGAGGAUCGGCACAGAGACAGGGAUAGGGAGAGAGAUCGGGACCGGGACAGAGACAGGGAGAGGGAACGGGAUAGGGACAGAGACCGAGACCGAGACAGAGACAGAGACAGGGGCAGGGGGAGAGAUGACAGGGAGAGAGAGCGGGAGAGGGCCUUCGGUGACAAGAGGAGGAAGAGGGAGAGGGGUGAGGACAGCACGGAGCUGGGAAGCCAGGAGCGAGGAGGGGAGAGCAGGAAGAGGGCUAAGGUCAGCCGAGAAAGAAAGGAACGAGAUCGUGAGAGGGACAGGAGGAGGAGAGAUGGCCGGCCUGUAGUGCCCCCGUCUAUCCAAGACCUCAACGGUUCGGACUUGUUUGCCAUCAAGCGAACAAUUACAGUAACCACCACUACAACCACCACCACUGUACCAGGCUCACCUGAGUUGCCACAGACAGCCCCCGACACUCCCCCUCAGUCCUCCGCCAAAGCCCGCAAGAAGAAGCACAAGAGGAAAAGAAGGCUGGAGGAGGAUGACGAUGAGGACGACGAGAGGCUGAGCCGGUCUAGAGACUCCUCCAUCACUCCACUGAGAUACCGACUUGGCUACGACUCAGACCAGUUCUCCGACAAACUGCCGGCGGACAUGUUGUCUCUGGAUGGGGAGGCCUUGGACUCAGACUACCCCUCACUGGAGGACUCGCCCAUCCCUUUGCCUCCCGCCACACCCCCACCAAACCCCAAGAUCAAACCCAAAGUCAAAUCUGGAAGCCACAGCAAAAAGAAAUCCCGAACUGGCAAAAAAUCUGUGGCAGCAGAGCCUUCCCUCAGACAGAAAACCAGCAAGAACCUUACCUCUCUCUCUCCCUCCUCUGCUCCCUCCAUUCCUGCUGCCCCCCUACCCACUCCCCCUGUAGCCAAGCGGGCGAAGAAGACGGGGAAGGAGAAGGAGAAAGGGGGGAAGAAGGAAGGCGGGAGGUCAGGAAAGUCCAAAAAGCUGGGCAGUGGCACCAGAAAGGGCAAGCUGCAGUCCAAGGUAUCAGUGCUGGUGCGGGAGGGGGUGAGCAGCACCACUGGUGGGGGAGGGGCAGGGAAAAUGGGGGUCAUAGGUGGCAGUAAAGAUCUGCCGGGCCAGGGUGGGGCUAGCAGUGGGACUGUAGUCGGGGGAUCGAUAGCAGUUGUCUUCCGAAGAGACAACGAGAGCAGGUCCCCAUUCCUUAAGCCGAGCUCUGAACCCCUUUCACUGUCUGGUAGAAGCAAGGAUUUCGGUAAAGCUCAGAAGAGUAGCACUCUUGCCCCUCCGUCUUCCUCUUCCUCACAUAUGUCAGUUCUCAAAUCCAAAAAAGUCAAGCCCAGCUCCACUACCUCUGCCUCCUCUUCCUCCGCCUCCUCCCCAUCCUCCUUCUCUAUGACAAAACGAAGGCGAAAGCAAGCAAAGAAGCAAAGAGAGCACAGGGAGAAGGGAGCAGUGGGGGUUGAAGGCGAGGGAACCAACGCAAACUCUAGUGUAGAAGGUUGUAGCUGGGGCGUGUCGGUGUCAGACAUCCAGUCUGGAAGUGUAGUCAGCGCUAAACCCUCUAGCCCCCCUCCGGGGCCUCCUGCCCCUACCCCCUCUUCCUCAUCCUCCUCUACAAGUGUUCCCCCACCCUCUUCACCUCCCAGCACGCCUCCCCUUGGUCUACACCCGUCUCGUGACACAAGAGAAUCUACACCGGACUCUCAGACUGUAGACAGCAGUUGUAAGACCCCUGAGCCUAACUUCCUUUCCGAGGAUGGCCCAACUCAGUCUCAAACUACUCCCAUCACACCUCCCUCCAACACCCCCUCUAGCCCCCUGCCCCUCCAGGGUGCCCAAGGGGGGGUCUUGGGCAUCUCGCAGUCUACGCCAGACCUCAAAGCCCCUGCAGAAGAGCAGAAAACCCCCACUUCCCCCCCAUGUCCCUCCUCCUCCAACUCUCAUUCUCUCUUGGUCGCUCCCUCUUCUGCGGACCCCACUUCUUCUGUCUCCUCUUCUUCUGCCAACAAACCCCCACCUCCUCCCCCGCCCCAGCCUGCUGCCCCACCCCUACCCUGGAGUCUGCAGACAGGAGUAGACUGCACUGCUGGAGGUGUCCUCGCCCUGACAGCUCUCCUGUUCAAGAUGGAGGAGGCCAACCUGGCCAGUCGAGCCAAAGCCCAGGAGUUCAUUCAGGCCACCAGCCAGAUCCUGUCACAGGCGAACCAGAGCCAGUCACAGCAGCUACCCCUGCCCUCUGCAUCGUCAUCUUCAUCUUCCUCCUCCCAGGCACCACCACCUCCAUCUCUUGCCACGCCCCCAGCUCCAACCCCUGCUCAGUUUAUUCUCCACAGUUCCCUCCCAUUGGUUGGCUGCACCAAGACACCACCAUCCCACUUGCAUCCUGGCCUGUCGUUGGCUGGUGGAUGUGCCCAGACCCCGCCCCCUCCCAUGCAUGGGGUGUCAUCAGGGGUGGCUGGGGCUUCAAGUGAGGCUGGUUGGGACAGUGAAAGCAAAGAUCCAGAAAAAUACAUGAAGAAGCUCCACACUCAGGAGAGGGCGGUGGAGGAGGUGAAGCUGGCCAUCAAGCCUUAUUACCAGCGCAAGGACAUCAACAAGGACGAGUACAAGGACAUCCUGAGGAAGGCUGUGCACAAGAUCUGCCACAGCCGCACCGGCGAGAUCAACCCUGUGAAGGUCAGCAACCUGGUGAAGCUCUAUGUCCAGAGAUACAAGUACUUCCGGAAGCACGGGCGGAAGAUGGACGAGGAGGAGAGGGAGGGGGAGAGAGAGAGGGGUGGAGGUGUUGCCAUGGAACCAGGAGCGCUUCAUUCUUCAAUGUGAUCAGUGCAGCUUCAUUCUGCAUCCCCCCCUCCCCCCCAGCCCUAGCUCCCGCUUGUAAGAGUGCAAAAGAGACUGUGAAGAGUUGACUGGCAAUCACCCUCAUACAUGCCUUUCUUCCCCGAACCCCAUUUCUUGCUGAUCCCUUGUAUGCACAUUGAUGCUACAUCCUCUUUUCUUUGUCUUUAUGUGUUGCUGUACAGAUGUAUGGAUAGCAAUUCAAAAUAUACACACAGUAUAUACUCGCGGUAUAUUAUAGAGAUGGACCCACAGAUAAAAAAGGCAGCCACACGGACACUGUACAUACUGUAAGUAUAACAUAAAUGCACAGACCCACUUCUGUCAAUCACACAAUAAGUUGUGUACAGGCUUUAUCAUCAGUUGGGUGUUGGUUGAUAUAAAU